AUGCCUGAGAUCUCACGAGAAGCUGCUCUAUUUGAGGAGGCUAACAUUGAAGAUAUUGGUGCUCAGCCAGAGCUGUUCCAAGCGAGGCGAAGAAGCUCUUCUCAUCGCGCGCACCAGAACCAAUCUCCAAAGGGCAAACAUAGUCCGGUAAGAAAUGGGGGCUCAUUUCCGGAUAAUAAUAACGAGGAGAUUGAGCCCGAGACUUUUCCGACUUCCAUAUGUGAUAACGAAGAGGUAAUCGCGGUGGAUGAGGAGGACCUACCGUUGGACCCAAAUGAGAUCUUGCCGUCCCCGGUUCCCAGUCCUAUGACAGCUGGUGAGGCCGAGGAUCAAAUCAACGAUUUCAACAUUGUAUUGGAAUACCCGGAGCUGGAGUAUGAGUAUACUGAUUCUGGGUUGCUUUCUGAGGAAAUCAGAGAUUGGUUCACGAGUUCUGAUAUGAGAUGCAUGACCAAGCUGAAGUUGAUAUCAGAGAAAUCGAGUGAUUUUGGAAAGUUUUAUGACCAGGGAGCUACAUCUCAGAAAAAUGCAUUGAAAAAUUGUCUCACCAGACUUUUGAAGAACCUCGAGUACCCCAAACGAGGUAGUUUUGGUCUUUUGCAAGAGCUUGUCUAUAUCUUAUAUUCUUCGCUUGGGAGUUACGGGAACAUAAAUGGAACAGACCAUCAAUUGGAGCGCAUAAGAAUGUUUGCGCCUUUACUUCUCACUGCUUACAAAAUUGAUGGCCAAUCUAAGUCAAUCCUCUCAGUUGUGGCUAAUGUUAUUCUUGAGAAGGCUGAUGCCAUUCUUGCAACUAUGGAUUCAUCUCCAGUUGAAGAUGGUCAGACCUGGGAUGACGAACUGUUUUAUUCGCUGACCAUCUUGUACAUAUCCAUUACAGUAUUUUUGGACUCAAAGGAUGAUAAUUUGGUGUCUGAGCAAAUGAGAGGGCUGUCGCAAAUACUGUCAACGUUGAACUUUUUGCCCAGGAUGUUAAGCAUUAUUGACAAGUGGAGGUGGUUGGCUUCGGACUCUGACGAAAAGAAGACGACAACACAGAAUGUGAGUACUCCUCAUAACAUCAGAAUACGAAACAUCCUGAUGCUUCUUUGGAAGUCGGUAUCAUUGUUGUUCGGGGACUCAAGAAGAUAUAAAGCCACAAAAGAGUUUUUAAAGGCAAGGCUGGAAACUGAUAAAACAUCUGAGAAAUGGGAGAAGAUCACACCUUUUGAUUAUCAUCUCUACAAGAAUGAGCUCAUUGCCAGAUACCCAUCGUUAAGGCCUCAAACAGUUGAGCUUCCAGCUCUCUUGAACAUGACUCUGGAGGAUCAGUCUCCGGAACCGUCAUCUCUUGAGACAACAACUCUCAGCAGAAGCAGCUCAAUGUCUUCAAUUGAGGUUGUGCAAUCAAUUUUGUUUAACCCACAGAUCGAGAAUGGAAAAAAAACUCCUAAUAAUGUCCCUGACAUACACAUCGCUACGCCGGCAACCUCCCCUAGGCUUGUACCAGCCCUUGGUGGGAGCUUUUCCAGCAACUCAUUGAACGAAGAAAACUUGAACGGGAGAUCAAAAAAGUUCUUUUUCACGAAUCCAUCGUUUCCAAACAUAUACCCUAUAGAUAUUGACGACCAGCUGCCCUAUAGCAUCCAGCAGGCUGGUGAGCUAUUCUUCUCCAAUGUGCGACAAGACAUUUACACUAAGCAAAUGAUUGCGACAUUGGAAGAAUUUCUUCAUGAAAGUCAGAUAACAAGCGACAAAAAUGCCAAAAAUGAGGUUGACAAGGGCAUUUGUGAUUUCUCCUCGGAGGACUUGAAAAAGAAUCCCCUUUUCGUUGAUGAGGUUACAUCUUUAAUGUAUGUGGAGGAAUUCUAUUCUCUUGGUCUGAAAAACCUGGACUCAUUGGUGGUUGUAUUCAUGAAGAUCAUGAGCUCAAAUGUUGAGAGAGUACCACAAUCUGAGAAGGAAAUCGAGAAGUUGAUAGAACUCCAGAAAAAGUCUGCCGCAGAACUUACAAAAAGGGAGAAGCAACAACUUGAAAUUCAAAAACUAAAGGAAAUAUCACUGAAGGCUACAUCUUCCACUGCAUUCAUGCUUCAGAAAUGGUUCAAGCUGUCUCACUUUUUGAAGUUUGAGUAUUUUAAUGGUUUACUUCUUGACAACGGUUUUUUCCCUACGUUACUCAGGUUCUUGAACUCAAAUUUCCAAAAAUCUCAGAUAUCCUCUUCCUUGGAUUACGGAGAUGAUCUCGAAUCCACCAACAAGACGGUUUACUGCAGCUACGAGAAGCUUUCCGAGUUCAAAGAUUACGACUUUUUUAAGCAGUCGUUGGCUUUAUCUUCAUGCUCAAGUGGAGCUUCCAAUACAUUACCUGUUGAUGAUGAGCAGCCAGAUGAUGGUAUCGAGAGUGGAGUGCGGUUUACAGGAGGUGUUUUCGCGCCUUUUGGCUUCAAACGGGAGAAAAUCAGCAAGAUAAAUCGGAGGCACUGCUUCAUUUUGACCAACCUGUUCCACUCGCUGUACAUGACAAUUUCGAAGAAUAAGAUAAGACAGACGAUUGAGUUUUUGGAGACUCGGCCAUCUGAGACUCUGAGAUUUUACUUGAGCUUCUACAAUGUUCACCUGUACAAGCCAAUAUUGAAGAUCAUCAAACUCAUUAUUCCGUUCAAUGGCAAGAAAUGGAGAUCCAAUAACAUGGACCUUAUAUCGUAUGUUUAUCUGUUCGAAAAAAUUGGUCUCAAGGAUGGGUGGCUGUCAAACGCAAUACCGGCUGGGGCUACUGACCGUAUUCGAAAAGCAUGCGACCAGGAGUAUGCCCUGAGAUCGCUUGUUCGUUUUUAUCAUUUGUCGCACUACGGACACGAAUUCUCGGCGAGUCCACUCGAAUAUAACCGGGACGACGAGUUUUUCCAAGAGGAGCUGGGGAAGGUGCUAAUGGAAGACUUUGAGGGUCUCAAUAUAUGA